AUGCAGCGGACACCGUCCGUUAUUGUUAUUUGCCUAGCGGCACUUUGCGCUCCAAUUUUUGGCCAAGAGCAACAAGUGAAGCCUCCUAACCCUGUCCCCAACAAUGCUGGACCACAACAAGGUGCGGCUUCCGGCGAUGAAAAGUUUUUGAGCUUCGAUGCAUGUAAGGAAGACGUUCAUCGUAUUUGUAACAAGGAAGGAGUAGACUUAAAAAGUGAUUUGUCCAUAUUGGAAUGUCUACAAGAUGCUGGUCAGACUGAAUCAGCUGUGCUCAGUCGUGCAUGUGAGGAUCUCGUCUGGCAGUACAAGGUACUUUAA